AUGGCUUCUGAAGCACCAACUGAGAUUGAAACGCGUCUCUUCAUUAAUGGCGAGUUUCGCCCUGCUUCAGAUGGGGGAACAUUUCCAUUGAAAUCACCGGCUACCCUGGAAACAGUCGCUUUAGUCUCUGAAGCCUCGGUGGAGGAUACAAACGACGCCGUCGCAGCGGCCCAGGCAGCGUUCCCAGCAUGGUCGAGCCUCUCGCCGCACGACCGGGGGGCGUACAUGUUGAAGCUCGCCGAUCUCAUUCUCGAAUCCGAAAAGGAGCUAGCAUAUCUCGAGGCCAUCUCCAUGGGACGACCCAUCUCGGAAUACUGGGAUGCGAAGGCUGCUGCAGAAAAGCUGCAGUAUUUCGCCUCCUGCGGCUGGCAUGGCCAGGGCCAAACAAGUCUGAACACGCCAGGAUUCAUCAAUAUGACCCUGAGGCAGCCGUAUGGGGUUGUUGCGGCCAUCAUCCCUUGGAAUGUCCCAGUUAACUUCUUCAUAAACAAAGUGGCGCCUGCGAUCGCGGCCGGAAAUACGGUCGUCAUUAAGAGUAGCGAAAAGGCGCCGUUGACUUCGGCCAAAGUUGCUCACCUCAUUCAACGUGCUGGAUUUCCCCCAGGUGUGAUCAAUGUCCUGUCUGGUCACGGCCACAUCUCCGGCAACACUCUCGCACAUCAUAUGGACGUUCGAGUGAUCACUUUCACGGGCUCGGGGCGCACAGGCCGUCUUAUCCAAAAGGCAGCGGCCAACUCCAACCUGAAGAAUGUGAUCUUUGAGCUCGGAGGCAAGUCCCCGACUGUUAUAUUCCCAGAUGCGGACCUAGAAAAGGCGGCGAAGGAGUCAGCGUAUAGUAUCCAAACGAACAGCGGCCAAGUGUGCAUGGCCAACUCUCGAAUCUAUGUCCAUACUUCCAUCGCCGAUCAAUUUAUCCCUCUGUUCAAGGCCAAUCUCCAGUCCGUGUCGAUGGGCGAUCCCACAAAACCCUGCGUAAACCACGGUCCGCAGGCCGAUGAAACCCAGUUCAACAUUGUGAAACGCUACAUAGAGCUGGGCAAGAAAGACGGCGAACUCAUCCUUGGAGGAGGCGAUGUCCCUGACCAAAAAGGCUACUUUAUCCCGCCGACGAUCUUCGCGAAUACGCCAGAGAGCUCCCAGAUCAUGAAGGAGGAGAUAUUCGGGCCGGUGGUUAAUAUCAACGUGUUCGAGACCGAAGCCGAGGUCAUUAAGAUGGUAAACUCAUCCGAGUUUGGGCUUUAUGCUGCGGUCUACACGCGAGAUUUGAACCGGGCUAUGCGCUUUGCUACGUCUAUGGAGGCUGGUACCGUGGGCAUCAACUGCACGAGUCCGACUGGUGCGUUUGAUAUGCCCUUUGGUGGAUACAAGGCCAGUGGUAUUGGGAGGGAAGGCAUCCAUCACAGUCUCGAUAACUACCUUGAAACGAAAACUGUACAUUUGAGGGUUGAGGGACUCUAA